AGUCUGAAAGGGGGUGCUGCCGAAAAAAUAGGAGGUGUAUGGUCACUUGAGAACCCAAAACCCUGAACCGAGUAAAACCCUAACUGAUCUAACCGCCCCCAAUCCUUAUUUUCAUCUGCCUCUUGUCUCUCUUCUUCGUUAUCUCUCUCGCAUUUCCUUCCGUUCAUCGCUUCCCCUGUUUCAAUUUUCAUAAAUCAAUGGAAAUCAAACAUGGCAUACGAACCUAAUCAAUAAUAUUUCAACUUAUGCUGCAGAAUUACCCAUUUUCACACAUGCUCAAGUUCAAGCUGAAGCUUUUCAUGUUCCUAAGGCUAUCAAAUUUGAAUUCCAAUUCUGAUUGAUUCUACCUAGAACCAAUGUUGACCCUCUCCAAGUUGAAGAAAUCGUUUGAAACCCCUUGCUUAUGCGGCUUCCGCAGAAUCCACAACAAUUCCUCCGAUCAACUAGCUGUUCGUUUCUGCAUCUGGGUCGCUCUCAAAUUCGACACUCUUUCCAGCAAGCCCUAUCACUUGGUUAGUCGCAUUCUUAUCCGUAAGAAAUGGCAUUCCUUUUACUGGGAAGCUCUUGAGCUUCUCAAGAAAAAAGGGGUUUUAGUUACUUCAGAUUCCGUUAGAGCUUUAGUUAGGUCUUAUUCAUACUCCGGUCAUACCGAAAAAGCUAUUGAGUCAUUCGGUAAAAUGCGCGAAUUUGGUGUUAUUCCUGAUGCUCAUAUGUAUAACACUGUUUUGAGAGAUGUGUUGAGGGAAAAGUUGUUUGUGCUUGCUUUUGCUUUGUAUAAUACCAUGCUUAAGUCCAAUGUUGAUCCUAAUGACUAUACUUAUAACAUGUUGAUUGAUGGGUUUUGUAAAAGUGGUAACAUUAAGGGUGCACGUGAGGUGCUUGAUGAAAUGCAGAAGGUUAGUAUUGUUCCUAGUGUUGUAUCGACGACUUCGAUUCUUUAUGGUUUGUGUCGGGCGAAUAAUGUAGAUGAGGCGCUUAUGUUGUUUAAUGUUAUGAAAGAAAAAGAGUGUCCGCCGGAUAUGAUUUCUUGUAAUGUUGUGUUGGAUGGGUUUUGUAAGAUGGGGAGGUUAGAGGAAGCGCUUUCUUUUGUAUGGUUGAUAAAAAGAGAUGGUUUCUCGCUCAAUCAAAAUAGCUAUAGUUCUCUUAUUAAUGCGUUUUUUAGGGCUAGGAGAUAUAGUGAAGCACAUGCGUUGUAUACGAGGAUGUUUAAGGAGGGCUUUGCACCUGAUGUUGUUUUGUAUGCCAUUAUGAUACGUGGUCUGUCAGAGGAGGGCAGGGUUGGUGAAGCUGCUAGGAUGUUAGAUGAGAUGACUCAGAUAGGUUUAACUCCCGAUGCUUAUUGCUACAAUGCUAUAAUUAAAGGUUUGUGUGACACGGGUCUUUUGGAUCGAGCGCAGUCUCUUUGUCUUGAGAUUUCUGAGCAAAAUGUUUACACGCAUACGAUUCUCAUAUGUGAAAUGUGUAAGCAGGGAAUGGUUGAGAAAGCACAAGAGUUAUUUAAUCAGAUGGAGUCGCUUGGAUGUGUUCCAUCGGUUGUGACCUUCAAUGCGCUUAUAAAUGGAUUGUGCAAUGCUCAUAAACUCGAGGAGGCAAGCCUUUUACUUUACAAGAUGGAGAUUGGGAGAAGACCUUCGUUAAUCUUAAGCCUUUUUCAGGGUUCUGGUCAGGUUUUUGAUAGUACUAGUCUCCAGAAAAAAGUGGAGCAAAUGUGUGAGGCCGGAAAAUUUUUGGAUGCUUACAAGUUUCUCACUCAACUUGCUGAUAGUGGGGUUGUGCCUGACAUUAUUACAUACAACACUCUAAUCAAUGCCUUUUGCAGGGCUUAUAAUAUUAAAGGUGCUUUCAUGCUUUUUGAGGAUUUGCAAAAGAAGGGUCUCUCACCCGAUACUGUUACUUAUGGGACACUUAUUAAUGGGCUAUAUAAAGUUGACCGAGAAAAGGAUGCCUUAAAGAUUUAUGACCGUAUGCAGAAGGCUGGCUGUGAACCCAGCCUUUCAUUAUAUAAAGGGCUUAUGACUUGGUUGUGUAGAAAGAGCAAGGUCUCGCUGGCGUUCAGUCUUUAUUUGGAAUAUUUGAAGAGCCUUCCUAGUCGGGACAAUGAUUCAAUCAGUGUGCUGGAGGAAUAUUUAGUUGGAGGAAAAUUGGACCAAGUGAUUCGAGGUUUACUUGAACUGGACUUCAGGGCCAAGGAUUUUAAAUUAGCUCCAUAUACAAUUCUACUGAUUGGAUUCUGUCAGGUAGGAAGAGUAUAUGAAGCAUUGAUUAUAUUCUCUGUUCUUGACAAGUUGAAUAUCAAAAUCAAUGCUACAAGUUGUGUACAUUUGAUCAAAGGUCUUUGUAAAGAAGGGAGGCUAGAUGACGCAGUAAAAAUAUUUCUUUACACUCUUGACAGAGGUUUCAUGUUGAGGCCAAUGAUUUGUAAUCAUCUCCUCGUGUUUCUUCUUGUUUCCCGAGAUUAUAAGGACUGGGCUAUUGAUCUUAUUGGGAGGAUGGAAUCUUUUGGAUACCGUUUAAAUUCAAAUGAAUAUAGCAGGACAGUGUAUCUUAUAGACCAAUACCAAAAAAGAAAUCAAAGAAAAAAUUAUCUAAGAAAAGAUUAAGUCAUGUUGAUUGAUUCAGAUGAACGCGUUUCUUUAUGUGGUUCUUCAUUGAAUAUCCCCGUCUAGGAAACUGGUCGUGAAUCAAGUGGCUUGCUACACAUUAUGAUGAACCAACGGUGCCCUUUAACCCUUACAAGAAUCAAUUAAGAGGGCUGAUUUUAUCGGGGCAAUUUUUUGCUCUAUUGUUCUGCAUGAUUGUCGUCACAUCUUAUAGACCAUUCAUUUGAGGUUUUUUAAGGGUGUUUCAGUUUGUUGUAUGCUUCAGAAUAUUUCUUUGUUUACACCUCAUAGUCUCAAACAAAUAAUGGCAAUGAAUACAGAAAGGAGUCAACCAUUUCCCAUACGAACAUUAGUUGUGGUGAUAUCUCAUAUAGUAUACACUAGUAGGUAAGGCUGUCUUUCUUUAGAGUGUGUUUGGAUGGAGUAUUUUAAUGAGGGAAUGUAAUGUAAUGAAGGAAUUUAAAAUGAUUUCAUCAAAAUCCCUUGUUUGGAUAAAUAAAUGACAGAAUUUUUAAAAUAAUGGAAUUUAAUUUUAUAUUUUACAUGACUAAUUUUGGAGAAUUUACAAUUCCAGCUAAUUUUAUAAAAUUGUGAAUUCCCUCGUCCUCUCUAUCACACGCGUUUAAUUUCAGAUCUCGCUCACUUCUCUCGCAUGGUGUGUCUUCUGUGAGAUUCAGAUCCCACACUCUCUCCUCUCAGAAGAUUAAAAGCAUGGAAGCUUUAAAAAGGCCUGGCGUGAUCAUCAAUUUGGGAUCUGCUUCUGGUCUUUAUCCAAUGUAUCUUGAUCCUAUCUAUAGUGGUUCUGAAGGUGUUGUUAUGUGCACUUCGUUUAUACAAACGUCAAAGAAUCCGAGUCAAUGUGCUUUGCCCUGAG